CCACGCGGGAAGGCAUUCCCCAAACUGUUGUUCAGAGAGCUCAUGAUGGGUAACCGCAACAACUCAGGUAGCGAGAAGAAGGACGAGGAGGAACUGCGGCCUGGUGCAGCCAGUGGGCCUCUCCUGCCGCCACGAAGGGCAGACGACGAUCUUGACGAGGAAACAGGGGAGCCUUUCUGCCGCAUUUGCCACGGUAAGUAAUGAAUGCGACAGACAGAGGUCACAAGAGGAGCCACUCACUCACACCUUGAAAAGUGUGUCUGUGCCACUGGGUGGGUGGGUGUCUGUCUGUGCUCUGUGCAGCUGGGCCAGACGGCGGUGAGUUGAUAUCGCCGUGCAAGUGCACGGGAAGCAUUCGCUUCAUCCACAGAGAAUGGUCAGCCGGCGAUCGAGGCUGUGAGCUCCACUGCUGCACUCCUCACUCAUUCUGCCUGUUGGGGUGUGUGUGUGCGCGUGUGCAGUUUGGACAAGUGGCGGUCGAGUGUGAGCGUCAACCCGCAGAACCUCGUUCGAUGCGAAGUAAGCGAGCGGCACGACGGAAGUGGCGUGGCUCCAGAUGGCUGGCUGGCUGCAUCCGCAGAAUGAAUGCCUGUGCGUUCCUCGUUCGUUGGUUCCCCACCCACCCACAGGUGUGCCAUUACCGCUAUGAGUUUGAAAACGCCAGCGUGUCUUCGAGCCACAUCUACUGCCUACUCAUCGUCUACUUUCUCGGCAUCCUCUCACUCCUCACCGCGUCGGCAUUCAUCCUGGGUAAGUUAAGACGCACCAGGGUGCUUGGCUUGACUGACUGGUCCUUCUCCUUACUUGUCCCCCACACACGAUCGGCUCCCGUCCGUCUGUCUGUCUGUCUGUCUGUGUGUGUGUGCAGGUUUGGGUGUGCAGCCGCUGUAUGUGCAUUAUGUGGACGACAGGAUCCCCAGCGAGAUCGGCCCCGUCACCCUGGUUGCGGGCUUUCUUCCGAUUUUCUUUGUGCUGGGCGUCUACAGCCUCUGUCGCAUGUGCCUUGAAGGGUCCUCCCGCGAUUUGGGCGCCUGGGUAUACGUCGACUUUGGCUGGAUGUCGGGUGAGGCCGGCAUGGCCUGCCUGGGUUUUAUCAUCGUGGUGGGGAUUGCGGCGGCGGUGGUGCACUUAUUUCUCGCCCCCAUGAAGAAGCUGUACGAUGACACCAGGUAGGUAAGGUGGGGGCAUGUUUGGAUUGGACACACAGAAAGGCAUACACACAUACACACACACACACACACACGGGCAUGGUCCGUUAUGCUCUCCGUCGUGUGUUUCGUGUGUGUGCAUGGCAGGGCCAAUCUGGCCAAGUCUUAUCGUGUUGUCAACUACAUGGGAUCGAGCGACCGGUGAGAUGACGUGACGUGACAGACAUGCAUGCCGUAAGUGUCUCCGUCUGCGGGCGGGCGUUUGGCUGGCCGAUAGAUAGGAGUGGAUGGAUGAGCGGGUCGAGUGUUGGAGGGGGGUGAGGGAUGGCUCGUGAUGGGCUGCUUCUUGCGGGCUGUGUGUACUGUAGCUUAGCUGUUUUUCGUCAAGUCGAGUGACUGGCUGGCUGGCUGGCUGGCUGGCUGCAUAACCAACCGCUUGACCGUGUGUCCAUGCCAUGCGCCGAUGUGUAAGCUAAGGAGGGCAGGCUAGACUACAGGGGAAGAGGGACGCGUGUGGUGUGUCAUGUAUGUGCUGUGACAAGACAAGAGACCCUCGGUCGGUUGUUUGCAUUAAAGCUCUUGCUUCUCC